AGAUAAGACAGUCGGUAGUAAGCCAGUCGUACGGUUCGAUUCGUCAGCGUCUAACCGUCCGUUACUACAUUAGCAGCACGCGAGUUCAAGAAAAAUCAUGUCGGUCACCAUAAACAGCAUUUUAAUCAGCGAUGCAGUGGACGAGUCUUGUGUCGCUUUAUUGACCAGCCAUGGAGUUCCGGUAACAACUAAGUACAAGAUACCUAAGGAGGAAUUGCUCAAAGAAAUUAAGAAUCAUGAUGCUUUAAUCGUGCGAUCCGACACCAAGGUCACUGCAGAAGUACUUGCAGCUGCACCGAAUCUUCGGGUCGUGGGUCGAGCUGGUACAGGAGUCGACAACAUCGACCUGCAAGCAGCCACUCGUAAUGGCGUCGUCGUUCUUAACACUCCUGGAGGGAACAGUAUCAGUGCCUGCGAGCUGACUUGCGCCUUGAUAUCCGCCCUGGCGAGGAACGUGGUGCAAGCUUCUCAAUCCCUGAAGGAAGGCCGAUGGGACCGAAAGCUGUAUUCCGGCUUCGAGCUCGCUGAAAAAACCCUCGCGGUAAUCGGCAUGGGCCGAAUUGGACGAGAAGUAACCAGCAGGAUGCAGUCCUUCAGGAUGAACGUGAUAGCCUUUGACCCGAUGCUGAGGGACGACUUGGCCGCACAGAUCGGCGUGAAGAAGCUCAGCUUGGAGGAAAUAUGGCCUCUGGCUGAUUAUAUUACUGUGCACACGCCGCUGAUACCUCAGACAAGAAAUCUAAUCAACGCAGCUGCGUUGGCGAAGUGCAAGAAAGGAGUGCGCAUAAUUAACGUGGCACGUGGAGGAAUCGUUGACGAAGAGGCACUGCUGAACUCCAUAAAAUCCGGACACUGUGGAGGCGCAGCGAUGGACGUCUUCGUCGAGGAGCCUCCAAAAGAUCCCAUCACCCUGGAGUUAAUUAGACAUCCAAAAGUCAUCGCGACUCCACAUCUCGGGGCCAGCACCUCCGAGGCUCAGCAACGCGUCGCCGUGGAAAUAGCGGAGCAGUUCCUGGCCCUUUCCGGAAAAUCGGAGAAAUACGCUGUCACGGGUAUUGUCAAUGCUCCCAUCCUGGCCGCUGCCAUGUCGGAGGACAACGCACCGUGGAUCGAGUUGGCGAAGAAGUUGGGACAACUCGCUAGCAAGUUCCUGGCGAAGGAUCUUAAAGCCAGGAUCGAGAGUCAGACGGUUGGUGAAGGCAUGGAGGGCAAGAAGUUCAUCCACACCGCCGUCCUCCUUGGAAUCCUUGCUGGUCAGACCAAGAACGGGAUUAACUUGGUGAACGCUCCUACCCUGGCGAAAGAAGCCGGCAUUAAUAUCGAGGAGAAUCAUCAACAGGGCAAUGGCAGAGCAGUCGCCGUCACCGUUGGACAGCACAAGAUCAAAGGAACCGUUCGAGACAACGAAUUGGUAUUGCUGUCGAUCAAUGAAGCAAGCUUUGAAAAUGGCGUUGUAUUUAGAAAUAACGUCUCCUUAUAUCGUGGAAAGUGGCCUCAAGAUCUGGCAAAGAUAGUCAACGCUAUUUCGUCGAAAGGCAUCGAGAUACACAGCUUGAAUGCAAUCGAAAAUUGGUUCGUGAUCCAAACCAACGAAAGCAAUUCCAUUGCAGUAGAUGGAGUGGAAUCCUUUUAAUAAGAACAGCCUGUAAGAGUAGCUUAGAAAUCAGACUCGUAUAAAAAGUCGGACCAGGGACCAUCUCAAAAGUAUUCAGUAUUGCAGGAGCUUCUAUAAGGAGUUCAUCUUUACAAUUCUUCGGGCGACGUAUUCCAUCCUAUCAUCUCGCAAGCCAUUAUUUAUUGUUAGAUCGGAAUAAAUUCUUGCCGGUCGAAGUCCAUACUUGCAUUUUCUGACAGUGUCUAGGUGUCAAAGGAUAAAAGUCUUUGAAAUAGAUUGUAACAGCUUGUACAAAGAUUUGGAAAUAACGAAUAUCUACACCUUUGGAUCUAUGUACUGAAGAAGAUACAAUACAUGCGUGUACUUAUACAUAUUUGACAUGUGUACAGAGAGGAAUGAAAGGUUUAAUGUAUACGUUUAUAUUUUUUGUAUUAUUCAGUCAACAAUAAAAUAAUUGAAGCGUAAAA